UCAGAAGAGAGGAGGGCGUAUGCCGCUGGCACGGGCUGAGAGUCAAAUAGGCUGACAUUCGAGAACAACUCAACGGUGUGCUGGGGGUGGCAAGAGCGAUGCGAGGGCAAGGCUGGAGCUGAGCCUGCGAGACAUAGCUAGGAUAUCCGUCAAACUGAGCUUAUUUAGUCGCCAAAGAAAGCCUAACGUUCUAACAGUUAGCGUUUAAAGGACGAGAGACCAUGUCGGUGCUGGCUUUGCAAGAAUACGAAUUCGAGAGGCAAUUCAAUGAAGAUGAAGCCAUUCGAUGGAUGCAGGAGAACUGGAAGAAGUCCUUCCUCUUCUCUGCACUCUACGCUGCCUGCAUACUCGGUGGGCGGCAUGUAAUGAAACAAAGGGAGAAGUUUGAAUUGAGGAAACCUUUAGUACUAUGGUCUUUAACACUUGCAGCCUUCAGUAUAUUUGGUGCCAUCAGAACUGGAGGCUACAUGGUGAACAUCUUGAUGACCAAAGGCCUAAAGCAGUCAGUGUGCGAUCAGAGUUUCUACAACGGACCAGUCAGCAAGUUCUGGGCCUAUGCUUUUGUCCUCAGCAAGGCACCUGAACUAGGUGAGAUUAUAUGUCUAUAG